GCUGUUCAAAAACUAAUGAAUGCAAAAGAGAGGAAGUUCGACCUGCUUGUCAUGGAAUACUUCUUCAUGAACGAUUGCUUCUUAGUUUUCUCACACAAAUUCAAUGUACCCGUGGUCGCCUUGUCUUCUGUUGGAGGAUUUCACUGGGUAACAGAUGCAGUUGGCGAGCUAUGCACGCCAUCAUACAUUCCUGAUAUUUUUAGCGACUAUACAGACCACAUGACUUUCUGGCAGCGUUUAGAAAACACCGCGGCUCUAACGUACGCAAGGUACGUUUAUAACUAUCACUACUUACCGAAAAUCGACGAAAUUAUCGAGAAAAAUUUCAAAGAUCCUGCGAUGCCUCGGCUGUCAGCUCUGAGAGCCAACACGUCACUGAUAAUCGUUCAAAGCCACGUGAGCUUCAGUUAUCCCCGACCUCACUUACCCAAUGUGAUUGAGACCGGCGGAAUGCACAUCCAGCAACCAAAGGCACUACCACAGGACUUAAAGAAUGUAAUGGACAACGCAAGAGACGGAGUAAUAUUCUUCAGCAUGGGAUCUUUAAUAAAGAGUGCAGAUUUUCCACAGGAGUGGGUUCAAACCUUCCUCACAGUCUUUUCUAAACUGAAGCAACAGGUUCUGUGGAAAUGGGAGAACGACACCAUGUCUGGGAAACCAGCAAAUGUGCAUCUGAGAAAAUGGUUUCCGCAGUCUGACUUGCUAGGUCACAAAAACGUGCAGCUUUUCAUCUCCCAUGGGGGACUGCAGAGCUCCUUGGAGGCGACCGCUCGAGGUGUUCCGGUGAUUGGUAUGCCAGUUGCUGCCGAGCAGCGCUAUAACGUCCAGAGGAUCGCCAGCUAUGGAUACGGCAUCAGACUAGAUCUGCAGAACAUCAGUGUUCAGUCGGUGGAGUGGGCUGUUAAUGAAGUUUUAAACAACCCAACGUACCGCGAGAACGCUAAGCUGCGGUCCCGCCUGUUCUGGGACCGUCCAGAGAGCCCUGUGGAGACGGCCGUGUACUGGACAGAGUACGUGCUGAGGCACCGGGGCGCCCCCCACCUGCGCAGCGCCGCCCUCCACCUCAGCUGGUACCAGUACCUCCUGCUGGACGUCGCUGCCCUGCUGCUGUCUGGAGCGCUCCUAGUUCUCACAAUCGCUGUCGUGGCAGUCAGGACACUCUACAGGCUAAUCACAGCCAGAACUUCUGCGUCACACGAACAGAAGAAAAAGAAAACAACGAAGAAGGAAUGAAGAAGUCUGCAGCUAAUGGUGUCACGCCUCUAUGUACUCUCGGAACCCAACGUAAAUAGGGCCAGCACCUGGCGACACACUGCGUCCGCCAUGUUUUGGAGGCUACUCACAACACUGGCCGUUUAGUCUCCAUGCGUUUUCAGAGCAAACUUGUUUCUGUCCUCUUUGACAUGUCUCUUAAUUCAUUGUUUGACAUUAUUCUGCUGGAUCGUGGGUAUCUCGACAUUCUAGUCACUCAUAAGACUAAUGGUAGGUGGGUAGACAGAUGAAUGGUCACCAACCAAUGUAGUAUUGAGAAACCGGGAAGUGCUUUUAACACUGACAUUAUGCUAUUAUACUGCUCUUUAUGCGUUUAUUAAUUUCCCGUUGUCAACGUCUGUAGUGGAGAGAGAGAGACAGCACGAGACAAAUAUGACAUAACAAACACGUUAACUGUGAACUUUCUGAUUUAAGUACUUAGUGAUGAAUACAUCGCAGAAGUCUUGUGUAAUUAA